AUAUAAACAACAUCACCGCUGUGAACAGAAGUUUGCAGUGUGUUUGUUCAAGUGUCUCAACAUGAACAUGAACACAGAGAGAAUGAAUGAUAACGAUGGACCUGACCCGGAUUCAGCUGAUUACUGCAAUGAUGCAGAUGUGCAACAUUCAGUUAUGAACAAUCCACGAAAUAACGGAAAGCGACCAUUUUGUCAAAACCCCUUUAAGGUGGCAACCGCAUGCCUGACUGCCUUCUGUCUCCUUUUACUCAUGGUCCUGGUGGUCACAAAGUAUCACAGUAAGAGUUCUUCUGUUCAGGAUCUCCCCUCCAGUCCUGCUGAACCUCAAAUGUUUAAAACCUGCGCCAAUGUAACCCAUCUGAUAGCAGAACUGCAGACUUUGAGAAAAGCAAAUAGUGACCUUGAGGAAGAGAGGUCACAGCUGAAGAUCAAUAUCACUGCGCUAGGUAAGAGUUCAUCUGUUCAGGAUCUCCCCUCCAGUCCUGCUGAACCUCAAAUGAUUGAAACCUGCACCAAUGUGACCAAUCUGACAGCAGAACUGCAGACUCUGAAAAAAGAGAAGAGUGACCUUGAGGAAGAGAGGUCACAGCUGAAGAUCAAAAUCACUGCGCUAGAAGCAUCGGCUGCCACAAAAUGCACUCCAGUGACAGCGACAGGUUCCUGCCCAGUGGACUGGCAUUAUUUCGAAGGCAGCUGUUACUACAUCUCAGAAGACAGCGAAAGAUGGCCAGAGAGUCAAGCUUACUGCAAACUACAAGGAGGACACCUGGCUAUCGUCACUACAGCUGAUGAACAGACUUUUAUAUGGAACCUGCUGCCACGUGGUCACUGGAACGCCUUCUGGAUUGGCCUAACUGAUGAAGAGACAGAAGAUGAAUGGCGCUGGGUUGAUGGAACCAAACUGGUCGGAGGUUUCUGGGAAGACGGCGAGCCUAACAAUCACAUUAAUGAGGACUGUGGCAACAUGGUCAAAACUACGGUUUUAGAUCGCGUAGCUGCAAAGAGCUGGUACGACGCCCCAUGUCACAUGUCCAGGCGCUUUAUCUGUGAGAAGAAAGCAGAUGUGUCCUCUUAAUCAUCUCAUAUCAUCAUCUUCAUCUCCAACAGAUCUUCAUAAAUGUUUAGUUUCAAGGUGUUUUCGAUAAGAAAUGUAGCAGAAUGAAGAAGGAUUACUGAUAUGAGUUAUGAUUGUACUUUCUAUGCUUGAUCUCAGGAUUUAAAUGAUUUUAAUCCAUUUUAAACCAUUUACUGUUUUAGGGUCACUUAAUUAACCUUCUAAGACCUGG